ACUUCCGGUUUGAUAAUGUCUUCCUUUGCACUCUUCACAUCAUGUUGCAGCGAAUUUCCGUCUGGUGAACUUAUUAGACAAAUAUUGAAUGUUGAUGAUUUACCAUCAGCCGACCCCUUGAUUGAGAAUAUAUUUGGGUAUGACUGGCACGUAGAUACCAAAUACUACACUGCAGAGACCAAAUUGUGCUGUACAUCAAGAAGAACUAUUGGAGAUGAAUCGUUUGCAGAAAAUGUCCAUGCAUUCAUUGUAUAUUUCAAUGCAGAAGAGAGCAAGACCUUCGACCUGGCCAAGUCCUGGCUUCCCUACCUGAAGCAGAUUAAACCAGCAGUACAGAUCCUUGUCUGCAAGUCAUGCUCAGAGAACACCUGUGUUAAAAAGGUCACUGCACAGGAAUGGUGCAUUGAUAACAAUUUUGAGCUGGUGGAGUUAUGCCCCCUGGAAGAAAGUGACUGUGAAGAUGACUUCCAAGAAACAACAGGAACCAAGAGGAUAAUUCAGGCGUUACAUGCCUACACUUGGCCUGAUCUCAUCAUGAAAGAGAGACCAAGUUUCCGUAGCCCCUACAUGACAGAGUUAAUGAAAGAAGAAUCCUCAAGGAAGUCACAUGAGUCGGAGAAGCCGCUGGACCGGGAUGCUGAAGAGCCUAACAAUAGACUGGGUGACACAGCAGUGAAUGGAGAGCUUGAAGGACUUGGUUGUAACGGUGUUGUAAGUGGUACCACAGACUUGUGUUCUGGUGAUACUCCAGCGGCUGCUACAGGAAAAUCAAAGAAGACAUCAGUUAAUGUUAUAGAUUCCAUGUUACCGUUUGAAGACGCUGCUCUCUUUGAAGCUGUCGGAGCAGAUGAUCCCGGAGGAGAAUCUUUUGAAAAAUUGUUUGCAAAUUUUCGUCUAAUGAAGGAAAAGGCUGAAUCAUUACCACUUGAGGAGAGAAAGAUAUAUGCUGAACAGGUUGCUACAUCAUUUUGGCAAGCUAUUGGAGGUGAAGAUAGUGAUGAGGACACAUGAUGCCAUCAGCAGAACCAGCCCCUUCCUCGUCUCCAGUAGCGUAUGGACGGCAAUCCAUACACUAGACAUAGAGAUUCAAAUGGCACUCUACAGCAUGGAUGUCAGACUGAUUACAUGUAAUUGGCUGCCAAUAUCAAGUCUAUUUUAAUUCAGUAGCAUGAUCUGUGAAUUUGUAUGUGAUAUGGUGCUUUACAUUUGAAAACUAAUAACUGCAAUUUUUACUCUGUUACAAAAUGUUUUAGUAUUCAAGUGAAGUAUAUUAUUUAUAAUACCUAAACUGGUUAUCGAAAUGGGUUGAAUUGGUAUUGAACACAGUUUCCAGCAAUUGGAUACCAUUCAUUAAUGGACCAACUUGUUGGAUCAAGGGAUUUUGUUGGAUUUCUUUUUUUAUUUAACUUCUAUUUAUGGAAUUAUAGAAAGGUUGUGACUAAUUUGUUAUAUUGUCCUAGUCUCUAUAUAGCCGAGCUUGUGUCUUUUUCUCUAUAAUGAUAUGGAGAAGCUACUAUCUCAACAACAAAAUGGGGAAGCUACUAUCUCAACACCAAAUCAGGAAGCUAUCUCCACGAUAUGUGUAAGCUACAUUCCUCACAAUGUUAAGAAGCUAGGUAAUGCUAUGGGGAAGCCAUCAUCUGAAAGUCAUGGGGAAGCUACUUUCUCUUACCCCUAGGUUUGAGACAGGGGGAUUCCCCUAUUAAUAACAAUUGUAUGACAUCACGUCAACAGUACAAUGGUGUCACAUCAACAAUGCAUCAAGGUCACAUCAACUUUGCAUUUAGCCUGUAACCUUAACAUCACAUUAUGUAUGAUAUGAUAAACAAUUGGUGAACAGGGUAAGAGGAAAAGAAUCAAUCCCCCUUCUCGAGGUUAUAUUGGUAAUCUCAACCCAUGGGUGGUAAUCUCAACCCAUGGGCAAAGAUUCUUAAGUUGCCAAACACUCGACAAAUCCUCCAAAAUGUUAUGGGGAAGCUACGUUAUUCACAGUGAUAUGAAAAAGCUAACUCCGCAAUAUGGGGAAGCUAUUAUCUACACAUUGCUAUUUGGGAAACUACUAUCUCCACAAUGCUAUCAAGAAGCUACCAUCUCCUCAGUCGACAAUGCUAUUUGGCAUGAGAAACUACUAUCUCCUCAAUGCUAUGGAGAAGCUACCAUCUCCUCGGUCCACAAUGCUAUGGAGAAGCUACCAUCUCCAUGGUCCACAAUGCUAUGGGGAAACUUCUUCCUGAGAUCGGUAUUGAUCUGAAGUGCAAUCUCUGAGUAUGAAACCAUAAACCAUUCCAAGGACAUGUGUGUUGUUGUAUGCUCAUUGUUUAUUAUAAAUAUCAGAUACAAGUGUGCUUAGUGUUGGAUAUAAAUGUUAUAGUAAAUUCUGUUACAGUAUUUAUAUUGUUAGUUUAACCAAACCGAAUCUUGAUCAUGUUAGUUAUCUGUAUGAGCAGUAUACAGUAAAAUUUUGUAAAUAAUGAGAACGUUCAUAAGCUCACUUGGUCAGAAGUACAUAUUUGUCUUCUUCUUUUGACUCCUGAAGAAACGUCAUCAAAUUUAGGUGAAAGGGAUCCAAAAGCUGCUAUGUGGGGCCAAAAAGGGGUAAUUUGGACAUUGUUUCAGGCAAUUUCUCCGGUGGAACUUUCAGAUAGAAAUCAGCCAUAUUUGUUGUUUAUUGCAACAGCAAAAACGUCAAACACAAGAUGUUCAAGAUAAAAUGGGCCAAAUAAAGACACCCCAGUCAUCAUUAGGUCAAAUGCAGUAUACAUAUUGGUAAGAUGAAUUGUCAUGUACAAAAAUUGGGCCUUCUGACUAACUAUAUACAGAGUUUAUUGGUCUUUCGGUAAUUUUUAAAAUUAGAUUUUGUCUCGAGCAUAUGAUAUCUUCCUUAAUACUUCACCUACGUUCAUCAUUUAUGUAUUUGGGAAGUUAGAGUAUAUUUUGCAUCCUGACUUUGGGGCUCAUGACCUACUUAACACUGAAGUCCAUAGUCCUUUGAUUAUUUUUAAUUAUGAAGUUUGUCUGGAACAUAACUUCCUUACUGAUUUACCUAAUCACCAGACUUGCUAUACUUAUGUAGCUUGGGAAUUAAGGCAGAUUGAGUGUCACAUAAUGAAUUCCAGUCACCCAAGCAUGUAUAUAUAGAGUAAGGUUUGAAACCAACGGUGAUCCUGGCCAAAAUAUCCUUCCUAUUUACUCCAUGUUCAAACUAAAUACACCUCUGGAUCUUAGCCUUGAAGAUAGGGUGAAAAAGCAUUGUGUAUGAUUUAUCUUUCAAAUGGUAAUACAAAAAAUAUCACACCUCCCCCAGGGUCAAUAAUCUGUGAUAACAAUGCUCUGUAUUUAGAUUGAACUGGAUGUGUACAAAAAAGUAUGGUUGUCUUUCAUUGGUAAGCUUGAGAAAAUAAAAACGUCGCAAGCAGA